ACGUAUAGCCUUUUGAACGAUAAGCUGGCAAAUUACAAUCGGAAGGUACGACCAACAAUUAACCAAUCAAACCCAACUGAGGUGAGCUUUGGUUUUCAGCUGAUUUCUAUUCAGGAUUUUGACGAGCUUCACGAAAAACUAUCGAUGGUAGCUGUCUUACAUCUCAGUUGGUAUGAUGAAAUGAUCGAAUGGGUCCCUAACACUUAUGGUGGAAUAUACACACUUUUGACUGAAAGCGAAUCACUUUGGACGCCAAAUUUUGUUUUAGCAAAUACAGCGGCAAAGUUGGACAAAAUUGGCGACGAUUGGCAGUCAAUUCGACUGCUCUUCAAUGGGACAGCUUAUUACUUUCCUCUUGGAAUUUACGCUAGUGCUUGCAGUGCUGAUAUUACUCUUUACCCUUGGGACAUCAACAUCUGCACUUUACAAUUCACUCCUCAAGGUCACUUAAGCACUGAGUUAACCAUCAAGAUACCAGACAACCAAGUUAUUUUAGACGACUUCAGUGAAAACGGAGCUUGGAAAUUACUCGACACUAGAGUUCAAUUACAAAAUAUGAACAAUUACAUGGCUGUGGAUAUUUCAUUUAUAAUUGAACGGAGACCAAGAUAUGCAGUGAUAAACAUCUUAUUACCAGUUAUUUUUAUGGCAUUCUUAGGCAAUGUUGUGUUUUUAAUACCAACAGAAAGUGGGGAGAGAAUUUCAUAUAGCAUAACAAUGCUCUUGGCGAUUGCUGUGUUUUUAACAUUAGUUGGAGACAAUCUACCAAAGACAUCCACUCCUAUGCCAUAUUUUAGUUACUUUCUUAUAUCGUUGCUGGUUACUGGCAUCUGUGUAAGUUGUGCAACCAUCUUUAAUGUGCGGAUCUAUCAUAAAGAUGACACUACAAAAGCUAAAGGCAAGUGGGCAAAAUUAGUAAUAUAUCUGGACUGUUCGAAUAGAAGAAAAAGUAAAGGGAGCAAGGUAUCUUUUAAUGAUAUGAAACUAAGCAAGUGCGACGAGGCAUUGGUCGACUGCAUGCCAGAAACACAGAAUUUUAAAACCGGAAAAAAUAGUGGACAAAAUUUAUCUCCCCGAAAUGAGCAUCUACCUAAGCAAAACCAAGUGAAUCCGCUAAUUAUUGAAGAUUGUAUGAAGAAAACAUCGAUUGAAAAAGAAUGUCAUGACAUAAAAAUUGCAUGGAAGGAUGUCAGUGAAGCAUUGGAUAAAAUUUUCUUUGUACUUUUCAAUGUUAUUAUACUUAUAACUUCGCUUGUCUUCUUUCUUUUGAUUUUAACAAGUGAACGUGUAACGAUCGAAAUGUCAUAA